CGGAGAGUCAGCUCCGCCGCCACCGAUAAUGAACCGGAAGCCAUUGUAGUCAAAUCUCCUCCAUUAAAGAGGAAGACUGGAACUGACUACUAUGAAGUUGACUCUAGUGAGAGGAAUACAAGUUCUGGAUACACUGAUAUAGUCAACAGUCCCCUCAGGACACCUGUAUCAGGAAAAGGAGGAAAAAUUAAUGGCCAGUCAAAGAUCACCAAAAGCUCUAGAUCCGGACCUCAAACUCCAAUGUCACCAAAUGCUAGUUCUCCUUCUCUGCUUACCCCUGCCGGCAACUGUCGUUAUGACAGCUCCUUGAGUCUUUUGACAAAAAGGUUCAUCAACUUGAUCAAGUAUGCAGAAGAUGGUAUUCUUGAUCUAAACAAAACUGCUGACAGUUUGGAGGUGCAGAAAAGGCGUAUAUAUGACAUAACAAAUGUCCUUGAAGGAAUUGGGCUUAUUGAAAAGAAGCUCAAGAACAGAAUUCGCUGGAAAGGAGUGGAUUAUUCAAGAUCAGGGGUGGUAGAGGAUGAUCCCACUUUUUUACAGGCAGAAGUUGAAAAACUUUCAAGUGAAGAACGAAGACUAGAUGAGCGCAUAAGAGAAAUGCAGGAAACAUUGAGGGAUUUUAGUGAAGAUGGAAAUAAUCAGAAGCUGCUUUUGGUGACUGAGGAGGAUAUCAAAGGCAUACCCUGCUUUCAGAAUGAAACCCUCAUAGCGAUUAAAGCUCCACAUGGGACCACUCUUGAAGUCCCAGAUCCUGAUGAGGCUGUCGACUAUCCGAAGAGGAGAUACAGAAUAAUCCUUAGAAGCACGAUGGGUCCCAUUGAUGUCUACCUUGUUAGUCAAUUUGAGGAGAAGUUUGAGGAGAUGAAUGGUAUUGAACCAUCUAUGAGCUUCCCGCUUGCUUCAAGUUCGGUUUCCAAUGAGAAUCUGGCAACAGGGAUAGCCUCUAAUGGGAACAUUGCACUCCAGAUUGAAGCACGGGAACAAGAUGGUCACAGAAUGAGCUCUGAUCUCAGUGUUUCACAGGACUAUGCUGUGGGGAUGACAAAGAUUGUCCCAUCCGAUGUCGAUGACGUUGCUGACUACUGGCUUCUGUCGGAUGCAGAUGUUAGCAUCACGGACAUGUGGAAGGCAGACUCUGGUAUUGAAUGGGAUGGGGCAGACGCAGAUAUGCUUCCUGUGGAGUUUGGAAUGGCUGAUGUUACUACUCCACGGCCACUGACACCGCCAUCUGGUGUUGCUGAUAUACCAUCUGUUGCUGUCAAGGCCACACCGAAAUGAUUUGGGUUUGCCUGAUGAGCUGUGGCUUUGGAAGCUCGUAUCUACCCCAUCCCAAGCUGUCAUUGCCAUCGAAAAUUUCUCAGCCGUCAUCAAUUCAAUCCCUGGAGUUUAGUUGAGAGAUGAUGCCAACAAGAAAAAGCUCUAAAGAGGAAGAGACUAUGGAAAACAAUGGCUUGCGGCUCAUGUAAUCUGUUUUAACCCAUGGUUCAGUGAUGAACGAGAGCUUAUACUGUGAGGUAAUGGGGCGGAUGUUUAAGAUGGAAUAACUGUGGCACCUGGGAAUGUGCUCAAACACAACAACACCUCAAGGUGAAGUUCUUUACAAUAGAUUCAUUAUUAAUCAAUUGCGAGUUUUGUUUUUCUCUGGUCAGUUCUAGUAUUCUUACUUUUCUUGGUUAAAACAUUACACAAUGACUUGAAUUAUUAGCACAACCUUCAGAUUCUAGUGGGGAGUUUCUAUCCCAUAGUAGUUGAAUGGAUGGCAAACAUUACAACUUUAAUACCUUU